AUGGCACCCUCUCCCCGGACCCACAGAGGUCCAGGUUUUUGCAGACGUCACUCGUCGAUGAUCUUUGUUUUCUCUCCACCUCUCGGAGGAGGACUACAAGUUUAUCGUCCAGCCACAGGGACGGGACGGUCUGCUCUGCCGCUCCUCUCCUCCAUCCGUCGGCUUGCACUCGGCUUUCCGUCCCGUAUGGUGGACAUCCUGCUCAACACUUCUUUCUUGGAUGAUAUGGGGGAUCAUUCAAAAAAGAAGUCGGGAAUCGCCAUGUGUGUGGGCUGUGGAAGUCAGAUACACGACCAGUAUAUCCUGAGAGUUUCCCCGGACCUGGAGUGGCACGCAGCCUGCCUCAAGUGUGCAGAGUGCCACCAGUAUCUGGACGAGACGUGCACUUGCUUUGUCCGGGACGGAAAGACUUACUGUAAAAGAGAUUAUGCGAGGUUGUUUGGCAUCAAGUGCGCAAAGUGUAACAUGGGCUUCUGCAGCAGCGACCUGGUGAUGAGGGCCCGGGACCGCGUGUACCACAUGGAGUGCUUUCGGUGCUCGGUGUGCAGCAGACACCUCCUGCCGGGGGACGAGUUCUCCCUGCGGGACGACGAGCUGCUGUGCCGGGCUGACCACGGACUGCUGGCGGAGCGGGCCUCCGCCGGGAGCCCGCUGAGCCCGGGGAGCGUCCACUCCAGACCCCUGCACAUCUCAGACCCAAUUACGGUUCGGCACCCGCCCCACCACCGGAACCACGUCCACAAGCAGUCGGAGAAGACCACCCGCGUCCGGACGGUGCUGAACGAGAAGCAGCUGCACACGCUGCGGACCUGCUACAACGCCAACCCGCGGCCGGACGCGCUCAUGAAGGAGCAGCUGGUGGAGAUGACCGGCCUCAGCCCCCGGGUCAUCCGCGUCUGGUUCCAGAACAAGCGCUGCAAGGACAAGAAGAAGUCCAUCCUGAUGAAGCAGCUCCAGCAGCAGCAGCACAGCGACAAAACCAAUCUACAGGGCCUGACAGGCACACCUCUGGUCGCAGGAAGUCCAAUCCGGCACGACCCCGCGGUUCAGGGGAACCCUGUGGAGGUGCAGACCUACCAGCCUCCCUGGAAAACUCUCAGCGACUUCGCCCUGCAGACGGAUUUGGACCAACCUGCCUUCCAACAACUGGUGUCUUUCUCUGAGUCGGGCUCUUUGGGGAACUCCUCGGGCAGCGACGUGACCUCCCUCUCGUCCCAGUUGCCGGACACGCCGAACAGCAUGGUGCCCAGUCCCGUGGACACGUGA